AUGAAACAAUUAGACGUUAGAACAGAACAGAACAGAAAUAUGGAAAUUUUAAUAAAUAAACUAUUUAAAUAUCAUUUUAUUAUGAGCUGGUGCCUAACUCCUGAAAUUCAUCCUAAAUACCUUUAUUGUCCUUCAAAGCAGUUCAAGAAAUUGAAAGCUCCUUUCAGCCAGUUCAGAAAUAAGAAAAAAAAAUGCAAAUCAAUAUUCUGAAACAUAUUGAGAAAUAAAGCACAAUAUUCAGAAAAAUUAUAG